UCUCCCGGUUUUUGUUUGGUUUGUUUUCUAUUCUAUUUUAAUUUUGGCUGUUUUUUUUACAUUAUAAAUACACUAUAAAUAAUAAUACAUUAUAAAUACACUUACAAUAUGUUUAUUUUACGAUUGCAAUUGGGACUUAGUUUACUAAUAGUGGAUUUAAAAAAGUAAUAUAGUAACUUUUAGGACGAAGCUAUAUAACAUCGGAUAGGGUUAGAUUUUUUGUUUUCAUAUUCAUAAUUCGGAAUAAUUCUUACUAAAAUGAGUGACUAUCCUGAACCUGAUGAAGAGUAUGAGCUCAUGUAUGCCGAUGAAUUUGAAUUGAUGCGUGAAUCUGAAGAAAACUUAGAGCCAAAUGUAAUCAAGAAAAAGCAGCUUCCAGCAAAGCGGAGCCUGGACUUCUCCAGUCCCAUACAGAAUAAAACGAAACCAGUUCAAGAUGCAGUUGAAAGUCUACCACUAACUCCCAACCUACCAGCUGAAGAAGAUAUCUCCCUCACACCUGUGUCAAGCAAAAGAACUGCUGAUGAUUUAUUUGGUGAUAUUGAUGAUAUAAACUUUGAUGAGGCAGAGCUGCCUAGUAAGAGGCAGAAGACUGAGGAGGAGAAUGACAUGGAACUGAUAAACAGGAUUAUUGAGAGUAGGAAGCUUAAGCAGAUGCUGUUGGAGCCUUUGAGAGCACAGAGUAAUGUCAAGCCAGUGUUCAAUACUAAGGAUAAUAUAUCUAUGGAUAUUCCAAGGUGGGCAUUUAUGCCAGUAACAAAUUCAGAUGGUGACAGAUUCUAUGUGAGGCUGGAGUCAGAAGACACCUGGGAAAAAUCCUUGAAUGUAGCCUCGGAGCAGAUGUCUCUACGGACCACAUAUUCCAAGGCUUGGGAGGAGGCCCAAAAGUUUCUAGAAGAGAAAGAACAGAAGCAGCAAACACAACUAUCACAAGAGUUCCUGCCGGACAUUGAGAUGGAUAUCAAUGGCAACAACCUGUGGGUGGAGAAAUACAAGCCCAAGUCUUAUGUGGAUCUGUUGUCUGAAGAACCGGUUAAUAGGGCUUUGUUGCAUUGGUUACAUUUGUGGGAUAAGAUAGUGUUCAAAAAAGAAGUGAAAAACACACAGCCUCAACAACGCAGCACGUUUGUCAAACGCACCGGUCAGUUUCAAAUGACGAACAAUUGGAAGGGGAAGAAGGAGACGGAAUCGGAAAUUGAUGAAGAUGGCCGCCCGCACCACAAGGUGGCGCUAUUGUGCGGGCCGCCGGGGGUCGGGAAGACGACGCUUGCACAUCUAUUAGCCAAGAUGGCGGGCUACAGGCCCGUAGAACUGAAUGCGUCGGACGAGAGGAGUACAGAGGCUUUCCGCACCGCGUUACAGAACGCCACACUAAUGCAAUCUGUGUUAGAUAAAGACAGACGACCUAAUUGUCUCAUUCUAGAUGAAAUAGACGGUGCACCUUUGCCAUCAGUAGAACUGUUAGUGAAGUGGUGCACUGCCACAGUUGCGGACGGUAAGAAGAAGGCGAAGUGCCAGCCUCUGCGGAGGCCUGUUAUUGCUAUCUGCAACAAUUUGUAUGCGUCGUCCUUGAGGCCUUUGAGGCCCGUGUCCCACGUGGUGCAGAUGGGCGGGGUGUCGCUGAGCAGACUGAGCAGCCGACUGAGCGCGGUGAGCGCGCGCGAGGGGCUGCAGGCGGCGCCGCACGCGGCCGCGGCGGUGGCGGCGCGCGCCGGCGGCGAUGUGCGCGCCGCGUUACUGCUGCUUAGAUUCGUUCACGCCGACCGUGCUGCUCAGCUAAAAAUAGAAGACGUAAUGAACGCCUCCAUAGGCACUAAGGACUGCAACAAGAGCAUAAUACAAGCGCUGCAAGCGAUAUUCACAGUUAAUGAUAAGGACGCGAGUGUUAUCACCAAGACAGUACAGGCUGCGGGGGAUUAUGACAGGUUAAUAGACGGAAUAUUCGAGAACUAUUUAUCAGCCCGCGUGGAUUCCCGUUUACUGAUCGCCUGCGAAACGUUAUCCUGGCUCAGACUCUACGACGUCAUCAACGGCUGGACUCUGCGGAAUCAGAACUACUCGCUCUAUGGGGCGUUACCUUUGUGUAUUACAAGGUGUCACUCGUUGCUGGCUUCCAGAACACCGCAAAGGGUGAAAUUUCCUCUGCAAGCUCAAGAGAUGUACCGAAAGAAACUAGAACUAGACAGCAUAGUGGAAUCAGUGUGGAGCGGUAGUUCUCCAUUCGUGAUUUUACCCAAAUGUGCCUUAAGACUGGACUUAUUGCCGAUCCUACCUUAUUUAUUUUCUCCUACGCUUAGAUCUGCUAACAUUCAGUUGUGCAGCGAGCACGAGCGCAAAGCUCUGCGCGCGUGCGCGGGCGCCGCGUGCGACUACGGCCUGCUGCAGCACGAUGUCUUCCGGCUGGCUUUCUGCGGCAAUGAAGAAAAAAUACGUCCGUCGCCGGCGAUCAUGCAGGCGAUAGCGCGCGAACAACAGCUCGAACUCAUCCGGAGGAAUGAAGAAAUGGCAAACAAAAUGAGCGGCAGCAUAAAGUCAAGCCAGAGUACCAGGACAGCAGAAGCUAGGGAGAGGUCGACGGCCGCCGGGGAAACUCGACUGCCCAACCAUUUGCAGAGGCUGCAACCGAAGGAAGUUGAAAAAUGUGCUCCUCAAGUACACAAAGAUUUCUUCGGUCGGAUAGUGCCUUUGUCGCAGGUGCAGCGAACAGAGGCAGUACCCGAUGUCAUAUCAUCAAGUAACGUGUUCUACCAGUACAGGGAGGGAUUCAACAACGCUGUGCGACGCAACGUGCGCACCAGGGACUUGUUGUAAUACAGGCUACAUCGCGAAACUGUUGGCAGCCUCUGUAUACAUUGCUGGUUUUUCAUUGCGGUAAAGAGAAGCUCUCAUACAAACUGAGCAAUGUUCUGUUCGCGUCGGUAUCUGUUCGGUGAUAGUGUGUAGCCGACAUGUCCAGGAGUCGAAGCGACAAAGUUUUGAUGCAAAGACUUUGCAUCAAAGUGCAAGUGCUAACGGCUUAACAUGCCUUUCGAAGCAGGAAGAAGCUUGAAAUAAUACAUUUGAACUCACACAUGUCGUAACCGACCAGUAUAUUAUGAAGUGUCAAAAUCGUCAAUUCAAAACACAAGGUGCAGUGUCAUUUUAUAUCCUUGUUCGAAUAUACAGGGUUACUUAUUAGAUACCUCUAACGCAUAACCUUCCAAAGGCGCAUAAGGUACAUAGAGACUAACACCUUUUGUUUUACGACUUUUGUCCAAACGUAAUAAAUACAAAAAUUUUCCUUUAUUAGUUUUAAUGUCGUUUCUGUAAAACGUUAACUCUAUGUCCGAUUCCGCUACAAAACGCUACUGUACUGUCUCGUGUUGCUUGGCUAUUACAUGGAGUUAUGAUUAUCGCAAAUUAGAUUGUAUUUUUUAAUGAAAAAAAAAAGAACGAAAAGAACACGAAAAGUCGUAGAAUAAAAGUUGCUUGUUUUGAUGUACCCAAAUAGUCUUUAGGAGGUUUUGCGUUUGAUACCAGUAAUCAUGUAUAGAAAGAAGUAUUCGGUAUCACUUGCUGAUAAAGUAUCUGAUAGCCUGGUAUAUGUCACUUUGGACGGGUAGCGGUAACAAUAUGGAGAGUAUAGGUAUCUAUGAAUAUGUUUAACUGACCUAUAACAUCUGGCGGAUUUAUCUUUUAGUUAGUUUAUCUGACAGUCUACACUAUGAUAUAUUAUCAGAAAGUGGUGACACUGGCCUUAAAUAAUAUAAAUCUCAUAUACCACCUGUUCACAUAUUCCCUAAUGUAAAUAAACGUUCAACUUCACUUGUGAAUGUGCGAAACGAAUGUGCUUACGUUACGGUUAGAAGAGGCACCUGCGCUCGAAGUUUGAAAAUAAAUCGCGAUGCACACAUGCGAAAUCGGAAAUAAAUCAUUUUUUAUUUUCGCACUAGAUCCCAAUGGCCACAUUGUGGCAUUAAUUUGUAGUCUAAGAACUUCAUUUUCUUAAAGAAACAGACAAAAACUUAAGAAACAACAGAGAAAAAAACUUAAACAGAGAAAAAAACUUAAGACAUUAAAACAUUAUUUACCAACAUUUGUUGGUGUUAGCAUUCAAAUACCUACAUACAUGCAUUUGAUAAUAAAAUUGAGUCAGUAAUUGCGUAUCGGUGUAGCCGCUCGCUGCUUAUUAAUAAACAAAAGACCCAAAACAAUUUAACCACAAAACAUCUAUUUCACAAUUAAGUGUCAUCAAAAUGUUUCGUUAACAUUCUGUAAUCAUUACAGUUUAUAAUAUUAGCUAAUAUAUUUUAACCAAAAAAAUUCUUAUAUAAAAAAGCAAAAUAUACUUUUGGAUCGUAAUCAUGUAACUAAACGCAAGAAAAUCCAAGACAAUAAAUUGUACAAAGUAGAGAAACAGUCGUGGAUCUUAAGUUGGGACAUUAAUCAACAAUUAUACCACAAUCCACUCGUCGCAAACAACGCCGACGUGUUUAUGACUAAAGUUGUAUCAAAAUGGAGUAUCGCAAUUAGUGAAACUAGAAUUUAAAAUAUGUACAGUCGACCGCACAUCAACCUAUCCAUUUUUUUUCUCUGUAAUAUAACAAUAGUACAUAAUAAAGUUUCAAGGUUAAAAGGUGCUUUUAAUAUAGUCGCAAAAGAUCCAUUAGGGGUAGUUGUUGUCCUUGAUACAGUUAAAAUGCAACUACAGAAAAAGCGAUUAUCAAUCACGCCAAAUCGACUGUACGGAAUUCAAUAAAAUUUGGUACCACUCUAUAUGGUUAAAAUAAAACGUACUUCUACUUAUCUCGAAAUAUGGGAUAUUUCUUCUAUAAAUUUAUCUUCAUUACAUACUUUUAAUCGGAAAAAGUGAGAAUUCUAGACAAAGACUCUAGGUAAAGGUGACAUUAUUAACUUGGUUGUAAAAAUACUACAUCAAAAACUAACUUUCGAUCGUUCGAGUGUUGUCUAUUUAAUUCUAAUUCAUGUAUUUUUCGUUAAAUACUGCACUGGUAGCUGGAAAAUAGUCAUAAAUUACUAAAAUUUCUAAACAAAUACCGUUUUAUUUAAAACUUUUUGCAUAAAAACCAAGUAAACGUUUGUCUAAAAAAUGAUUAAUGUGUAAACUUGUAAAUGGCGAGAGACGAUAACUCCACUCUCGUAUACUUAAAUGAAACAGCUGUUUGAAAACUCCUUUUUAUUAUAAAGUUCUAUCAUAAAUUACACGGUUUGUCUAAUUAGUUUUUUUGAUGAAAAUCUUUGUGUUAUGUAAGAAUUAAUAGGGACUUAAAUAAUGUCUUUAGAUGUAAGUAGUAACAGUUUUGUAAAAGAUUUAGAAUAAGACAAUGUUUUUGAGAUAUUUAUUUAGUUUUAUACCAACUAUUUAUGUAAAUAAAGCCU